GACUACGGACACAGUACAGGAGAUGACCAGAGACUGCGGACAUACUACAGGAGAUGGCCAGAGACUGCGGACACAGUACAGGAGACGACCAGAGACUGCGGGCACAGUACAGGUGACGACCAGAGACUGCGGACGCAGUACAGGAGACGACCAGAGACUGCGGACGCAGUACAGGAGACGACCAGAGACUGCGGACACAGUACAGGUGACGACCAGAGACUGCGGACAUACUACAGGAGACGACCAGAGACUGCGCACACAGUACAGGAGACGACCAGAGACUGCGGACACAGUACAGGAGACGGCCAGAGAUUGCGGACACAGUACAGGAGACGACCAGAGACUGCGCACAUAGUACAGGAGACGGCCAGAGACUGCGGACACAGUACAGGAGAUGACCAGAGACUGCGGACACAGUACAGGAGACGACCAGAGACUGCGCACAUAGUACAGGAGACGACCAGAGACUGCGGACACAGUACAGGUGACGACCAGAGACUGCGGACACAGUACAGGUGAUGACCAGAGACUGCGGACACAGUACAGGUGACGACCAGAGACUGCGGACACAGUACAGGUGACGACCAGAGACUGCGGACACAGUACAGGUGACGACCA